ACCGCCGAAAAAUCACCACGUCAGCCCUACACAUUGUAUUCUUCCCCUCUCCUUCUUUCUCGUUCUUUUCCUCCGCCGCCUCCUGAGAGGCGCUGUUUUCCUCUCCCACUUUCUGUUUCUCCUUUCUUCCAAACUGUUGAUUCGUUUGUGCGAGGGAAAGCGGGGGGCGUAGCGUCACACGUCAAAAAGUUUUUCGAUCGCAAAAGUUUGACGAUUUGAUCGUAGUCAUCGCACGGCUCCAAAUAUUGCAUCUUUUGAAUGGUCGUUAUUCCCCUUUAGCGAUGUUUCUUGAGCCGUCGUGCCGUGACAAACAUAUGCUGGGCCUCAGAUGAGUUCCUGAAUCUGUGAACGAGCCGUCAGAAAAUGCCGACGGCAGAUCUUGGAAGCAUGGAACGACAAAUGGAGCCACCUAACAGCAUAGUGCAGGUGCGCGACAAACCAAGUAGCAGUUUUGGCUCUGUCGAAAUUGAUCUGGAAUCCGAUGCUGACAUCAGGCCCCUCGUUACGUUCCGGGAGAAGUUGACAGCUGUGCUCCAUUCGACGAGGUUCCAGGUUGCCAUUGUGAUACUGGUUGUCGUCGACUGCCUUCUGGUCAUCACAGAGUUGCUGGUGGAACUAGAAGUCCUCAAGUUACAGGAACACAGCAACAUUGCACCAAAGGUGAUCCACUCAGUGAGCAUCUUCAUCCUGAGCCUCUUCCUGGUGGAAAUCUGUGCCAAGCUGUAUGCCUACCGACUGCGCUUCUUCCGCCACAAGUUGGAGGUCUUUGAUGCCAUCGUGGUGAUUGUGUCCUUUUCCCUGGACGUCGCCUUCCGCAACCCGGAGUCGGCUGCCAACGGAGCCGGCCUCAUCAUUGUGCUCAGGCUGUGGCGAGUGGCGCGCCUGCUCAACGGGAUUGUGCUCACUGUGAAGUCCCAGGCAGAGCGCCAGCUGGCCAGGGAGGGCAAGUUGCGGGAGAAGCUGAUGCAGGACCUGCUGAGGAACCGUGACUACUGCAAUGCCCUCGAGCAGGAGAUCGACUCCCUCAGGGGCCUACUGCACAGCCACGGGGUCAAGGACCUGCCACCCACUGCGGUAGUGCAGGAGCCGCCCCCUGCCGCCACCGGAGACGCCGUGCUGCCGCAGACGACGCUGGUGGAACGUUGACGCCGACGUCUGCGCCGCCGAGCGCUUGCGGGAAGUAUUGUUAACGUCUGUGUGUUUCGAGAGGGGUCGUCGGAAACGCGUCGGUACGACGACUUUGGGAUGGACGGCUGCGUUGACCAGUCGGAGACGUGCCUGGAGCACGACUCCAACUGUCAUGUUUGCCGCGUCCUCAAAAGUUGUCCCUUAAUUUCCGCCCAAUGACGUUGUAAAAGUGCCGCAGUGUUUCAUCUGCCGUGAUCCUGGCGGCAGCGCGGCGGUGGGCGUGGAUGCAGCGGACGUCUGUUCCCCCGUAGCUACGACACAAGCGGGGCAAUAGCGUCUACUGCAAUGCCGGUGUUGCCUAGGGCCUUGAAAACAAGAAUGAGAGUGUGUGGAAGUUGUGGGCCGUGUUACAAGCAGUCGCACAUCUUUUAUGAUGUCAUUAGAAAGUUGGCUGUGUUAUAAUUUCCGUACCGCCAAGCGGAAUGCUUUAAGGGCGAGGCAGAAACGUGUUUAGGGUGCCUCGACCAAGUGCAAGCUUUAAAGUGCCAUUCAUCAUCGACAUCAUCAUUACUUAUUUUCUCGGGGUGCCAGAUGGGCUUUUCUAAGGUCCGUUUGGAGUUUUUCUCUUAUUAGUGUUUUUCUCCGAAAACUUGCCACUGAUAGGUUUAUAUAAAGCGCAUCCAAAUUCGUACCUAAGAAAGAAUUAGAUUUUUUCCCCAUGUCUUCUACGAAUAUAAAUACCUAGAAGACUGGACUUGCACUUUGCGGUGCACAACCCAGUUAACCCAGUGCAGAAUUAGCGCCCUAUCAUCCAUGUUUAUACCAUGCAUGAGAGUCUUCCACUAGUGCUUCUAUACUCUAAAUUGGACAAAAUGAACAGGCAGUCAGCCCUAAAUGAACUGUGAACUAGAGAUCAGAUUGGGCCAGAAUUUUAAGGCCUGACCCAAACAUGGCACGAGUCUUACUAUGGUUGGCAAAUUUCGGCCUGAGCCCAACUGUUAUUGUUAAGACGAGCCCUACCUGAGCCCAGCCUGAACAUGUUGUAUGUCUGGCUCCCAGGAUUUUCUGAAACGGAAGUCAAACAUACAACAUGUUCAGGCUGGGCUAAGGUUGAGCUAGUGUUAAAAAUAACAGCCGUGCUCAGGCCAAAAUUUGCCAACCUUAGUGGGAUUCCUGGGGACGGUCAUUUCUGUCCCCAGGAAUUCCUGGGGACAGAAAUGACCGUCGUACAAAAACAAAAAAAAGAAGCGAGGGAGCGCUUGUUGGAGAUUGAAACCGUUUUUCCUUUGUUGUUAAUCUGAUGCUGAAAAACUGAGCUAUCCUUCAAGAAGAAGAAAAGGGUUCAUUCGUUUUUCUUAUUAAAUUAAGUAACAGGGACAGAAAUGACCGUCGUACAAAAACAAAAAAAAGAAGCGAGGGAGUGCUUGUUGGAGAUUGAAACCGUUUUUCCUUUGUUGUUAAUCUGAUGCUGAAAAACUGAGCUAUCCUUCAAGGAGAAGAAAAGGGUUCAUUCGUUUUUCUUAUUAAAUUAAGUAACAGUGCACAUAGGUCUGGAAAGAAGGUUGAAAGUUUGACGAUUGCGCGGGCAAAAAUGGUCCAGUGAUUUAGUCUUUUGCUGAUGUUCGAAACGACACAAUACUGUCUGUGCUAGUACAUACCUCUGGAAUUCUGUUUUGUGUAUAUUUUGACAGCGGAAAGUUUGUCAGCCCAGAGGGCAGUUGGUGUCUCUGCUAUAUAUGAGAAAUUUAGCUAGUGCACUAUAGCACUGCUAGUCUGGGUGCUUUGGCCACAAUAGGGCGGAAUGGGUUCUCAAACUCGACCACCAACAGUUUUUAGACAUAAACUUCACCUCAGACUCGCAUGGCACAAUUCACAGCAAAUUUAGCAAAAUGUUUGUGCCUUUAGUUUUAUAUUUGUUUUAACAGAAACGUGAACAAACCACGUUGUGUUUACAUUCAGGAACACUGCCUAUAACCAUUGUGUGAAUAUCUGAAGACUGGAUUCAGUUACAAAAUUUCACCACUUCUAUUGUCGGUGACAGGUCACUAGUGAAGUGGAAGCUCCUCCCACCUCUUUCCACUUCAGCAAAGUGAAUGCUGGAGAGGAGGCAACCUUCUGUCCAUCGUCCGCUCUGCAGCCAAAGUGGAAAGAGGUGGGUGAGCUUCCACUUUACUCUUAAUCUGUCACCGACUGUAGUGAAUAAAAGAAGGGAGCUCUUACUACACCCAGUCAUUUGUUUUGUGUGUAGGUGAAGAUUUAGGAAAAUGGAAAAUUUGUGUGAAACAUGUAAUGCCUGCGGUGCAUCACCGGUGCGGUGACUUUACACAUUAUAACUUGCACUCGCUCUCCAACACUUUCCGCAUCUUCAAAGAUGUUAUGAGGGAUUAAGUCGGGUUGUUGGGCCUAGACAUGUCCGAGCCCGUAAAGCGCGCCCACAUAUUGGCCCGAGCUCGACCAGACAAUCUGGUCGGGAUCGGGCUUUUGGGCUUGCCCAGACCCGCACAGAUCUCUACUGUGAACGACACUUCUAA